CAGCCGUUAAACCGACCAAGCUCGAGCUCACCAGCGCGCGGUGCACAAAAGGCCCCGGAUGAUCGGUUGAGGUUAAAAAUGACAAGGAAUUUGUCUAUGGGAAUCUCGAACACAACACACCAGUUUUGCUGUCUCUAUCCAGAUAUUUAAGAAGAGGAGCAAGGGAUUCACUCGAUCAUCCUUCCUGAUCAGAGUGUGAGGAGGGAUUCACUCGGUCAUCUGACCGAAUGGCUCACCAGCGAGUUCACACCGGGGAUAGGCCGUUCACCUGCUCGGACUGUGGGAAAGGAUUCACUAAAUCACCUCACCUACAGAGACACCAGUCAGUUCACAAUGGGGAGCGGCCGUUCACCUGCUCGGACUGUGGGAAGGGAUUCACUGAAUCAUAUAACCUACUGAUACACUGGUCAGUUCACACUGGCGAGAUGGCGUUCACGUGCUCAGACUGCGGGAAGGGAUUCACUUGCUCAUCCCUACUGAAGGUGCAUCAGCGAGUUCACACUGGGGAGAGGCCGUUCACCUGCUCCGACUGUGGGAAGGGAUUCACUUCGUCCUCUGUUUUACAGAGACACCAGCGAGUUCACACUGGGGAGAGGCCGUUCACCUGCUCAGUGUGUUGGAAGGGAUUCACUCGAUCUUCCCACCUACAAGCACACUUGUCUGUUCACACUGGGGAGGGGCCGUUCACCUGCUCAGUGUGUGGGAAUAGAUUCACUUGCUCAUCCCACCUGAAGGUACAUCAGCGAGUUCACACCGGGGAGAGGCCGUUCAUCUGCUCAGACUGUGGGAAAGGAUUCACUCAAUCAUCCCAACUGAAGGUACAUCAGCGAGUUCACACUGGGGAGAGGCCGUUCAUCUGCUCAGACUGUGGGAAAGGAUUCACUCGAUCAUCCCAACUGAAGGUACAUCAGCAAGUUCACACUGGGGAGUGGCUGUUCAACUGCUCAAACUGCGGGAAGGGAUUCACUCAGUCAUCUGAACUGAAGGUACACCAGCGAGUUCACACUGGAGAGAGUCUGUUCACUUGCUCAGUGUGUGGGAAGGGAUUCACUUGGUCAUCCAACCUACUGACACAUCAGUCAGUUCACACUGGGGAGAGGCCGUUCACCUGCUCAGACUGUGGGACGGGAUUCACUUGCUCAUCCCACCUGAAGGUACAUCAGCGAGUUCACACUGGGGAGAGGCCAUUCACCUGCUCGGACUGUGGGAAGGGAUUCACCUGCUCAUCCCAACUGAAGGUACAUCAGCGAGUUCACACAGGGGAGAGGCCAUUUAUCUGCUCAGACUGUGGGAAGGGAUUCAGGCAGUCAUCUGAACUGAAGGUACAUCAGCGAGUUCACACUGGGGAGAGGCCAUUCAUCUGCUCAGACUGUGGGAAGGGAUUCAUUCAGUCAUCUGAACUGAAGGUACAUCAGCGAGUUCACACUGGAGAGAGGCUGUUCACCUGCUCAGACUGUGGGAAGGGAUUCACUUGCUCAUCCCAACUGAAGGUACACCAGCGAGUUCACACUGGAGAGAGGCCGUUCACCUGUGCAGACUGUGGGAAGGGAUUCACUUGCUCAUCCGCACUGAAGGUACAUCAGCGAUUUCACACUGGGGAGAGACCGUUCACCUGCUUGGACUGUGGAAAGGGAUUCACUCAGUCAUCUGCCCUAAUGGCACACCAGCGAGUUCACAGUGGCGAGCGGCCCUUCACCUGCUCAGACUGUGGGAAGGGAUUCACUCAGUUGUCUCAUCUACAGAGACACCAGCGUCUUCACACAGGGGAGAGGUCAUUCACCUGCUCAGUGUGUGGGAAGAGAUUCACUCGGUCAUCCAACCUACAGAAACACCAGCGAGUUCACACUGGGUAGAGGCUGAUCUCCUGCUCGGACUUUGGGAAGAGAUUCUCUCGGCCAUCGCCACCAAAUGUCCAUCAUUGAGUUCACACUGGGGAGAGGCCGUUCACCUGCUGUAAAUGUGUGAAGAGAUUCGCUCAGUUAUCUAACCAUAUGUAACUCUCGCUUCAGCUAGCAGCUUAAUAUAGGGGGUGAUAGCCCCCCAGCCCGGCCAAACUUAAGAAAUCUUGUUUGGGUGGAUGCUGCACGAUGUGUCCCCCGUUACAAAUCAGUACCCCGAAAUAACAAACGGUACAUAAUAUGCGAUUAAACGAUUGGGCUUUGUAGUUCUUACUUUGACUAUAGGAUUAGUAAAGAAAAAAUAAAGGAAAAGGGCCCACUCUCUCCAUUCAUGUCUUCUCAUCUCUUCCCAGCAAAAGACCGCAAAAAUCUCUCUUCCAGACUCACAAGAAAGAACAACAUUUCUCUCAUUGGAUAGCCCUGCACUUCAAAACCCUGUUGUCUGUAGUCG